CGCCCUGAGCGUUGUUCAUUGAAGAAGGAGAGGGCCGCUCUGUCGCACCUUCCUCAGCACGAAUCCAGUCAUGGCGUCCAAACUUUGCAAGCUUUUUGUCGGAGGCCUCAACGUGGAGACGACAGACGAUGGUCUCCGUGGCUACUUCGAGCAGUAUGGGGUGCUCAACGACUGCGUGGUGGUCAUGAACCAGCAUCUGGGACGUUCCCGCUGCUUCGGUUUCAUAACCUACUCGACGCCGGAGGAGGCCGACACAGCAAUGGCGUCCAAGCCACAUGUCGUUGACGGACACAACGUGGAGCUGAAAAGAGCCGUCGCUCGGGAGGACGCACACAACCCGGACAUCUCGGCCAACGUCAAGAAAAUCUUCGUCGGCGGCGUGAAGGACCACAUUGAGUCCGAGAACCUGAGCGACUACUUCUCCCAGUUCGGCGUCGUGGAGAAGGCCGAGAUAAUCACCGACAAGCAGACCGGCCGGAAGCGUGGCUUCGGCUUUGUCUUCUUCGAGGACACCGACUCUGCCACCAAGGCGGCGCUGACCAAGUUCCACACCAUCAACGGAAACAAGGUGGAGGUGAAGAAGGCCAUGAGCAAGCAGGAGAUGUCUACCACUGGCCGCGGCGGCGGAAGGGGUCGCGGCAGAGGGAUGCAGAGCUUUGGCGGUGGCAGAGGCGGCGGCUUCGGUGGGGGAGGCUAUGGAGGCGGCUACGGGGGAGGUUAUGGCGGCGGCUACAAUGGCGGCGGCGGUGGCUAUGGAGGCGGCUACGGGGGUUACGAAGAGUACGACAAUAGUAUGGGUGGCGGGUACAGCAACGGUGACUUUGGGGAGGGCUACGGACAGCAGCACUCCAGCUACGGUGCGAUGAAGGGGGGAAACUACACCUUCAGGAGCGGGGCCCCAUACAACAGAGGCGGCUACGGCAGGGGGGGCUACGGAGGCGGCUAUUAGAUUUCCCUCCACUUUUCAUACAGCAGCCAUGGGGGGAAUCCAGCUUCCAACGAACUUACACACCAACAUGGGUUUCUGAGUUGAAUUAAAGGGAGAGGUGCCCAUCACCCAUGCCGAAUGAAUGAGUCUGUCCCCGGGAUCCCGACCACCCCCACCCGGACCCCCAUCUGUCCUCUUAUUCCUCUUUAUGGACGUUACUACUAAGAAUUGUGAAUUAUUGAAAUGUAAUUAUGUUAUGUGGGGGGUACGUGCUCUGGACAAGUUUGUCACUGUUUGUGAAAUCGAUUUUUUUUUGGUCUCAGGGUUUUAAGGGAAGUGAUCGCUUGAGUUUCCUGAACCUCGACAUUUUUUUUUUUUUUUUUA